CCAUUUGCUACACCAUUACUAUAAGUUCUGCUUAUAGCAAAAUUACUCAAGUAGCUAAUGUAAUGCCUUUUAUGUUUCUUAAUGCUUGUUUUAUUUACCAGGAUUUACGUUAUUUCUGAAAGUAAUAGUAAAAAGUGUCUUAAACACUGCAUAUGUGUGUUUCUUCUGACCUGGUGCAACUUUCAGGAAAACACGGUAAAUUAGGGCUAUACUGAAUUAAACAAAUGAAAUAAAAUGGGGGCCAUUUAAAACAACAUGAUGAUGAUGAUGUCCUUAAAGUCUUCUCUGCAAGGAGUCGCUGGUUACAAAACGUUGGAAAACCCCUGUGUUUGAGGACAGACAUCUAUAAAAAUCAGUCUGAUACUAAACAGUUUCUUUAUCGGAUGUCGAGUGUUUUAGUGACCAGUUGAAAGUAAACUAGAAAGACUUGGACCACCAACAGGGAUAUGUUAGUUACAAAAACAUAUAUCAUCUGACAUAUAAAUCUGAAGCCAAAUGUAACAUUAGAUUGAUGAAAUGAUGAAUAAAAGUGCAUUCGUAUCUGUGACCCUUAAUGCAAGUUAAUGCGGUCUGUGUCGAAGGUCAGGUAUCUUUGUAGGGUUUUAAAGUGUAGCAUGAAUUAAAUGAAAGGAUCUUCAGUCUUUUGUAAGAAACACUACGCCUCUCUCGCUCUCGUAGAUUAAAUAGAAUUAUAUUCUAUAAUCUACAUCUAUGAAUUAAAUAUGAUAUAAUAUCAUGUUAUUAUAAUAUAAAUGGUAAUAAUGACCUAAACAGGACGUUAUUUUCUUACAGUAGAUGUGAUCUUAAUUAUUAUUAUUAUGAAGGGCAUUACGCAUGCUUUUUUCAUGCAUGUUUCUUGAAGGAAGGAUGUGUUUUCUGGAGGAUUUCACUGCUUUGCUUCUUUCAGUCUUCAUUAGAAGAGUCUUUCCACCUCUUCUCUAAACCUCUCUCUUUCUCUCAGAGUCUGUCUCCAUCAGCUGCUGCUUCUUCUGGAGUUUUCUUAUAAGAUCAUCAAACUCUGUUGGGUUUGUUUCUCAUUCUUUGUAUUUACGUGGUUCCGUGAGCAGAGAAGUAACUACACCGAGUUUCAUCCAGAAACAGAGAAGAUUAGUCGAGUGUUUUUCAUCUUUUACACUUUUCCAGGUCUUCAGACGUAACGCGUGUUUUGUCGCGCGGAGCGGAAGUGCGGCGGCCGGAAGGAGAAAGGUAAAGCUUCCGGAAACAUUUGCGCGGAGGCUAGCAGAAGAUGCUAACGGCGUUUGUUUGAGCAUCGGUCUGAUUAUUAGAGCAUUAAAGCCGCUGGAUCUGACGGAUAGAGGACGGAUCUGACCGCUGGAGGCGAAUGGGGCGCGAAACUCGGAGGAUCGAGCGCGAAAGAGAGCGGAAGUGACCCGCGACCGAAGCUUUUGUCCGGCGCUGCUCUCGGUGUAAACACGGACACGUCCCGUCGAGUGAAGCCGCUGAAGAUGAUCUGAGGCUCGGCGGAGACCCAUGGCGCUGUUCCGCGAGUUCCAGGCUCCUCCGGAGUGUCCGGUGUUCGAGCCCAGCUGGCAGGACUUCGGCGACCCGUUCGGCUUCAUCCACAAGAUCCGGGAGAUCGCCGAGAACACGGGCAUCUGCAAGAUCCGCCCGCCGCAGGGCUGGCAGCCUCCCUUCGCCUGUGAUGUUCGUAGUUUCCGCUUCACCCCUCGAGUGCAGAGGCUCAAUGAGCUGGAGGCCCUCACCAGAGUCAAGCUCAACUUCCUGGACCAGAUCAGUAAAUUCUGGGAGCUGCAGGGCUGCAGACUGCGCUUGCCUCACGUGGAGAGGAGAGUCCUGGACCUGUACCUGCUCAGCAAACUGGUGUCUGCAGAAGGAGGCUUCGAGGUGGUCUGUAAGGAGAAGCGCUGGUCCAGGAUCAGCAGUCGUAUGGGCUUUCCUGCCGGGAAGUGCGUGGGCUCUCUGCUGCGCUCUCACUUUGAGAGGAUCCUGUAUCCGUACGAGCUCUUCCAGUCCGGAGCGUCUCUGACCGGCGUUCACAGGCUCUACCCAGAAGCCCCUGACCCCGAGGACGUGGAUGAAGGCAUCGGAGGUGCAGAGGAGGAGGCUGCAGAUGAGGAGGAGGAGAAGGAGCGACGAGCUGAGAGACGCUCCCCUCGACGGCUCAAGGACGAGAGAGAAAACACAGAGCCCAAAGCUGUGCAGGUGUUCAGCGCCGGCCCGCAGCUCCUCGGGUUAGACAUCAUGAGUGCAGCAGAUGAGGAGGGCUUCCUCAGGAAACAGAAGCACAUGAGGGCUCAGGCCUUUGCCAUUAAAAUGCGUCCACGCAAGGAGGUGCUGGAGGUCAAUUAUAUCGACCUGUACAUGUGCAUGGCGUGUGGCAGGGGUGACGAGGAGGACCGCCUCCUGCUGUGUGACGGCUGUGACGACAGCUACCACACCUUCUGCUUGAUCCCACCGCUGCAGGACGUGCCCAAAGGAGACUGGCGCUGCCCCAAGUGUGUGGCAGAGGAGUGCAGCAAGCCUCGUGAGGCGUUCGGGUUUGAGCAGGCCGUGCGCGAGUACACACUCCAGAGCUUCGGUGAGAUGGCUGACCACUUCAAAUCUGACUACUUCAACAUGCCUGUUCACAUGGUGCCCACGGAGCUGGUGGAGAAGGAGUUCUGGCGUCUGGUCAGCAGUAUCGAGGAGGACGUGAUCGUGGAGUACGGGGCUGAUAUCAGCUCCAAAGACGUGGGCAGUGGAUUCCCAGUGAGAGACGGCAAGAGAAAGCUCAUUGGAGACGAGGAUGAGUACGCCAGCUCGGGCUGGAACCUGAACAACAUGCCGGUGCUGGAGCAGUCGGUUCUGACGCACAUCAGUGGAGACAUCAGUGGCAUGAAGCUGCCCUGGCUCUACGUGGGCAUGUGUUUCUCCUCCUUCUGCUGGCACAUCGAGGACCACUGGAGCUACUCCAUCAACUACCUGCACUGGGGUGAGCCCAAGACCUGGUACGGUGUGCCCGCGCACGCCGCUGAGCAGCUGGAAGCCGUCAUGAAGAAGGUUGCUCCGGAGCUCUUCGACUCUCAGCCGGACCUCCUGCAUCAGCUGGUGACCCUGAUGAACCCCAACGUCCUCAUGGAGCAUGGCGUGCCGGUGUAUCGGACCAAUCAGUGCGCGGGAGAGUUUGUGGUCACCUUCCCCAGAGCCUAUCACAGCGGCUUCAAUCAGGGCUACAACUUCGCUGAGGCUGUCAACUUCUGCACCGCCGACUGGCUGCCCCUAGGUCGGCAGUGUGUGGCUCAUUACCGGCGCCUGCAGCGUUACUGCGUCUUCUCCCAUGAGGAGCUGGUGUGUAAGAUGGCGGCGGAUCCGGAGAGUCUGGACGUGGAGCUGGCGGCGGCUGUGGUGCGAGAGCUCAGUGAGAUGAUCGAGGAGGAGAGUCGACUGAGAGCAGCCGUGCAGGAGACGGGCGUUCUGAGCUCGGAGCAGGAAGUGUUUGAGCUGGUGCCUGAUGACGAGAGGCAGUGCUGGAAGUGCAAGACCACCUGCUUCCUGUCAGCACUCACCUGCAGCUGCUGCCCACAGAGACUGGUGUGUCUGCAUCACGCAGGAGACCUGUGCAGCUGCGCAACCAGCAACAAGUGUCUGCGGUUCCGGUACGAUCUGGACGAGUUUCCCAUCAUGCUCCACGGGGUCAAGUGUCGAGCUCAGUCCUAUGACACCUGGGCCAGGAGGGUUACAGAGGCACUGGCAGCUGAUAGCAAGAGCAAAAAAGAUCUGAUCGAGCUGAAGGUGCUGCUGGAGGACGCCGAGGACAGGAAGUACCCCGAGAACAGUCUGCUGCGCAGCCUCAGAGACACUGUGAAGGAGGCAGAGACCUGCUCUUCUGUAGCUCAGCUGCUGCUCAGCCACAAGCAGAGGCACAGAAGAGAGCGUCCUGAGAGCAGCACACAGAGGGCCCGCAGCAAGCUGACGGUGGAGGAGCUGAAGGUGUUUGUGGAGCAGCUCUACCGCCUGCCCUGUGUCAUCAGCCAGGCCCGGCAAGUCAAGGAGCUGCUGGAGAGCGUGCAGCACUUCCAUGAGCGGGCUCAGGCAGCUCUGGCCGACAGCACCCCUGACUCUGGGAAGCUGCAGGCUCUGCUGGAGUUGGGCUCAGGGCUGGAGCUGGAGCUGCCCGAGCUGCCCCGGCUCAAGCAGGAGCUACAGCAGGCGCGCUGGCUGGAUGAGGUGCGUCUGACCCUGGCCGAGCCCCACAGACUCACCCUGGAGCUGAUGAAGCGACUCAUCGACUCUGGCGUGGGUCUGCCACCGCACCACGCCGUGGAGAAGGCCAUGGCCGAGCUGCAGGAGCUGCUGACCCUGUCUGAGCACUGGGAGGAGCGGGCCAGAGCCUGUCUGCAGGCCAGGCCUCGUCACAGUCUCCUGACGCUGGAGAGCAUCGUGAUGGAGGCCAAGAAUAUUCCAGCGUACCUGCCCAAUGUCCUGGCCCUCAGAGACGCCCUACACAAAGCUAAAGAGUGGACAGCUAGAGUGGAGGCCAUUCAGAACGGCAGUAACUACGCCUACCUGGAGCAGCUGGAGGCUCUGUUAGCGAGAGGACGCUCCAUCCCCGUCAGAUUAGAGGCCCUGCCACAGGUGGAGUCACAGGUGGCUUCAGCCAGAGCCUGGAGAGAGAGAACCGCCCGCACCUUCCUGAAGAAGAACUCCACCUACACCCUGCUGCAGGUGCUCAGUCCACGUGUGGACAUCGGCGUCUAUGGCACCAGCAAGAGCAAGCGCAAGCGUGUGAAAGAGCUCCUGGAGAAGGAGCGUGGCCUGGAGCUGGAGGCUCUGAGCGAUCUGGAGGACAGUGCGGAGGACACACGUGAUCCCGCUGCAGUGGUGGCCGCCUUCAAAGCUCGAGAACAGCAGGAGCUGGAGGCCAUCCACUCGCUGCGCGCCGCAAACCUGGCCAAGAUGGCCCUGGUGGAGCGCAUCGAGGAGGUCAAGUUCUGCCUGUGCCGCAAGACGGCCGGCGGCUUCAUGCUGCAGUGCGAGCUGUGCCGGGACUGGUUCCACGGCGCCUGCGUGCCGCUGCCCAAAGCCGGCUCACAGAAGAAGCUGGUGUCUGGCAGCAAAGAGACCAAGUUCCUCUGUCCUCUGUGUCAGCGCUCGAGGCGGCCACGGCUGGAGACCAUCCUGUCCCUGCUGGUGUCGCUGCAAAAGCUGCCGGUGCGGCUGCCCGAAGGAGAGGCGCUGCAGUGCCUGACCGAGAGGGCCAUGGGCUGGCAGGACCGCGCUCGACAGGCCCUCGCCACAGACGAGCUCUCUUCCGCCCUGGCCAAGCUCUCGGUGCUCAGCCAGCGCAUGGUGGAGCUCGCCGCCAGAGAGAAGACGGAGAAAAUCAUCAACGCCGAGCUGCAGAAGGCGGCCGCCAACCCCGACCUGCAGGGGCACAUCCAGACCUUUCAGCAGGCCGGCUUCAGCAGGGCCACCUCACCACGACCUUCCAUGGACUAUGACGAUGAAGAGACGGACUCAGACGAGGACAUCAGAGAGACCUAUGGAUAUGACGUCAAGGACUCAGGAGAAGUGAAGCCAUAUCUGUUCUGUGAUGAGGAGAUUCCUGUGAAGUCAGAGGAGGUGGUCAGUCACAUGUGGCCGACAACGCCUUCUUUCUGCGCUGAGCACGCCUACUCCUCUGCCUCAAAGUCCUGUCCUCAGAACCCGGCGGCGCCGCGCAAGCAGCCCAGGAAGACGCCGCUGGUGCCGCGCAGCCUGGAGCCUCCGGUGCUGGAGCUCUCUCCGGCUGCCAAGGCCCAGCUGGAGGAGCUGAUGAUGGAGGGAGACCUGCUGGAAGUGUCUCUAGAUGAGACACAGCACAUCUGGAGGAUCCUGCAGGCCACGCACCCGCCCUCAGAAGACAAGUUCCUGCAGGUCAUGGAGCCUGAGGAUGCACCGCUGGACAAACCCCUCAAGCUGAAGGUGAAGGACGCGGAGAAGAAGAGGAAGAGGAAACUAGAGCGAGCAGAGCAGCAGCUGCUUCUGGCCACGGGCGGCUUGGAGGGACGCUCCAAGUCUAAAGACAUCAAACGGGUUCUUGAGCUAAAGCCCAAGAAGAAGAAGCUGAAGCUGAGCCCGGACAAGUCCCGUGAGCUGAAGCAGCUGGCCAAGCGUCUUGCUAAAGAGGAGAAGGAGCGCAAGAGGAAGGAGAAGGCAGCGGCCAAGGUUGAGUUUCCCAAGGAGGGGCUGGAGAAGAAGAGCCGGAAGAUCUUGGACAUUCCCUCCAAGUACGACUGGUCCGGAGCAGAGGACUCCAACGAUGAGAACGCCGUCUGCGCCGCUAAGAACUGCCAGCGGCCCUGCAAGGAUAAGGUGGACUGGGUGCAGUGUGACGGCGGCUGUGACGAGUGGUUUCAUCAGGUGUGUGUGGGGGUGUCCUGUGAGAUGGCCGAGAACGAAGACUACAUCUGCUCAGCCUGCUCACGGAAAGCUGUGGCAGGAGCUGUUACAGUGGGAGCAGAGACUGUGGUGAUGUCCUCACCGGUCCCAGCGCUGCCCCAGAGCGACCCACAGGAGAGCAGUUAACCUCACAAACACACCAUCACCUCCUGUGUCCACUAGAAUUAGCUCUUCAUCAUUGUAGUCCUGGAGGAGCUACCUGAUGUUUCCAGACUGGACAAACAUGGUCAGGGGAAACCUAAUCUAUACCAGCUUACUAACCCAAGUCCAGAGUUGAUCUGCUGCAUCACCAUGAGAUCCUGCAGCAGUGAACUUCCUGUUCGGACUCAGUAUACAGAGGUCGGGGCAUGUAAUGGUUGUAUUUAGUGAAUCUAUUUAUUAUGUACGUGGAUUUUAAGCAGUUCAUGAUGGGGAGGUCUUUUUCUCAGCUUUUGUCAAAUAAAGAAAGAUGAUUGAUGAUA